AUGAGAGCAGUAUAUAACUUUUGUUAUUACACGGUACAAUGAAGUGGGGGGGUUCGAAAAGUCGAGUCCUUUGCACGCAUUUCGUCUCGUUGUCGGGCGGAGGUGAUGGAGAUCUGGAUCUUCAUCGGGCUUUUGUUUUGUCCUUCCCCAGGCCCAGAGCGGGCAAAAUAUCGCCCCACCGCGCGUGUCACGUGACCAUUUUUUCCCACAUCCCCACACCAGCAAAGCGAAGGAGCGGAGGUGGGCGGUAUUGGGAUUUGCCAAGAAUUCUAAGAUUCAUCGUAGCGAUAAAAAUAUCGAUUGGAGAAAGAAUCCCACCGCCGCCGCGAGGGACGGACAGGACCCAGCACCCUUUUUUUCUGAUCCCCUUGACCACCUUCUAUUUCUGUGUCCUAAGGCUGUUACAUUUACAUGUAUGGUUGAGUGAGCGGGUCACGGCUCAGAAGAGUUCACAGUUCAUCCUUGUGGAGGUAUGGCGGAGCCUGUGGUUGCUUCUUCUGCUUCUUCUUGUUUUUGCGGAAGCAGAAGCAGAAGCCGGGUUCCUCCUCCUCCUCAUUCUCGCUCCCUCACCCUCAGAAUCACCCCCACGUUCUCCUCUCCGAUCCACCACCGCCCCCACAAAGCCCCCUCCCUUUUCCCUCGCAAUCCUCCCCUGUUCCUUCUUUUUCAAUCUCCUGCCACUCCCACCGCCGCUUCUGCUCUCGACUCCGACGUGCCUCGUCCCCAGGGAUCGUCGCCUUCUGCGGAGAGGAGCCCCCUGUUCCGGCAAUGGGAUUCUCUCACUGCCCAGUUCUCGGCUUCCUCAAACAUCCCCUUCUUGUUGCUGCAGCUCCCUCAGAUCAUCCUCAACGCCCGCAACCUCUUAUCCGGCAAUCGCUCCGCCCUCCUCGCCGUCCCCUGGCUGGGCAUGCUCACUGGCCUGCUGGGCAACCUUUCCCUUCUUUCUUACUUCAUAAAGAAGAGAGAAAAGGAGGCGGUCGUGGUUCAGACGCUGGGCGUGGUCUCCAUCUACGUCGUUGUCUCCCAACUCGCCAUCGGACGCGCCAUGCCCCUCCCCAUCUUCCUCGUCACUUCCCUGGUCGUUGCCACCGGCCUCCUUCUCAACUUCUCCAACUACUUCCACGUGCUCCCUCCCUCCCUUUGGUCCUUCUGGGAAGACUUCAUCACCAUUGGCGGCCUCUCCGCUCUCCCUCAAGUCAUGUGGUCUACUUUUGUCCCUUACAUUCCACAUAGCAUCUUGCCCGGAUCAAUUGCUUGUUUCAUUGCUUUUGUGGCUGUUCUCAUGGCAAGAACGGGGAAACUUUCAGAGAAAGGUGUCAGAUUUGUGGGAGCAAUAUCUGGAUGGACAGCUACACUUCUCUUCAUGUGGAUGCCAGUCUCACAAAUGUGGACAAAUUUUCUGAAUCCUGAUAACAUCAAGGGCUUAUCUGCAUCAUCAAUGUUGCUUGCCAUGAUUGGAAAUGGACUCAUGAUCCCACGGGCACUCUUUAUUCGUGAUUUCAUGUGGUUCACGGGGUCAGCCUGGGCUGCUCUUUUCUACGGGUAUGGGAACAUUGCAUGCCUGUACAGUUUCAAUUGUAUCAGUAGGGAGUUCUUCUUGGGAGCAACAGCUGGAUUGGUUUCAUGGAUAGGAAUAGCCUUAUGGAGGGACAUGGUGGCAUAUGGAUACAACACACCAUCGCGAUCCAUAAAAGAGCUGGUUUUUGGACCUUGAUGAAAGAUUGGGGCAACACUGGCAGCUGGAUGAAAUUGUAUUGGCACAGACUGACCCGGUCGAAGAACACGGUUGCAGUGUCACAUUAUCCUCGUUUU